AUGACUACCAACCAGCUGCCUGCAAGCGAUAUCAGCAGCUAUGAUUACCUCGUCGUUGGCGGCGGCACCGCCGGCUGUGUCAUGGCAUCGCGUCUCGCCGAGUAUCUGCCCAAGAAGCGAAUCCUCUUGAUCGAAGCUGGCCCUAGCGACUUCAUGGAUAAUCGUGUGCUUGACUUGAAGCAGUGGCUCAAUCUACUGGGUGGUGAGCUCGACUACGACUAUGGUACCACCGAGCAGCCUAUGGGCAAUUCUCAUAUCCGCCACUCUCGCGCCAAAGUUCUCGGUGGAUGCUCAUCUCACAACACUCUGAUCUCUUUCCGCUCCUUCGCUUAUGACAUGGACCUCUGGCAGUCCCUAGGUGCCAAAGGCUGGACUUUCGACGAGAUGACCCGAGUCCUUCACCGCCUCCGCAAUACUAUUCAACCAGUCCACGCCCGGCAUCGCAAUCAGCUCUGCCUGGACUGGGUUGAUUCCUGCUCCAAAGCUAUGAACAUCCCUGUCAUCCCCGACUUCAACAAGCACAUCACCAAGACCGGCUCCCUGACCCAAGGUGCCGGUUUCUUCUCCGUCAGCUACAAUCCAGAUACUGGUCACCGCUCUUCUGCCUCUGUAGCCUAUAUCCAUCCACUCCUACGCGGUGACGAAAGAAAGCCGAACCUCACGAUUCUCACCAACGCCUGGGUCUCUAAGGUCAACGUAUCUAACGGCCGCGCCACCGGCAUCAAUAUCACUCUCCAGGAUGGCACCAAGUAUACUCUUACCGCUAAGGCAGAGACUAUCCUCUGUGCUGGCGCAGUUGAUACUCCCCGCCUCAUGCUUCUUUCCGGCCUCGGUCCUGCAGGAGAUCUGAAGCAGCUCUCGAUCCCCGUUGUCCAGGACAUUCCCGGCGUAGGCUACAACCUGCAAGACCAUCCCGAGUCUAUCAUCAUGUGGGAGCUUAACAAGCCCGUGCCAGCCAAUCAAACCACCAUGGAUUCUGAUGCCGGCAUUUUCCUGCGCCGUGAGCCUCCCAACGCGGCCGCCACAGCCUCUCCUCAAUCGCCUUUCAACCCCAAGAACAUUCCCGAUGGCGACAUUGCCGAUGUCAUGAUGCACUGCUAUCAAAUCCCCUUCACACUCAACACCGAGCGCUUGGGCUACGACUCACCGCCAGAUGGCUACGCCUUCUGCAUGACGCCCAACAUCCCACGCGCGCGAUCCCGGGGCCGGCUGUACUUGACGUCAGCCGACCCAGCCGUCAAGCCGGCUCUGGAUUUCCAGUACUUCACUGACGCAGGCGGAUAUGACGCCGCAACUCUCGUCUACGGCAUGCGCGCGGCGCGCAAAAUCGCGCAGCAGAGCCCCUUCAAGGACUGGAUCAAGCGCGAGAUCUGCCCAGGACCCAAGGUCAAUACGGACGAGGAGUUGAGCGAGUACGCACGCCGCGUUGCGCAUACCGUGUAUCACCCGGCGGGCACGACCAAAAUGGGCGACGUACGCGCGGAUGAGAUGGCUGUGUGCGACCCGGAGAUGAAGGUGCGCGGGCUGCAGGGUCUGAGAAUCUGUGACGCCGGCCUGUUCCCUGCCAUGACGAGCAUUAACCCUAUGGUGACGGUGCUGAGCAUGGCGGAGCGGGGCGCGGAGAUGGUGGCGCGGGCGGCAGGCUGGGAUGGACACGUUGGCGUGCUGGAGGCGACUCCUCAGGCGGGUGAGAUCAAGGCGAGAUUGUAG